CCCUGCACCUCGUCUCUCAGUCAGUCCUCAACAUGCGCAGGUGCGACUGACUUCAGGGAGGGAAUUUACAUCCUUCUGCUCCUACGUCCGGCUGCUGAGAGCCUCCUCCUCAAGACCUGCCUGUCUCCAUCCCAGAGUGAAGAGAAACAUGGCCUUCCACGGCUCGGGACACAAGAGAAAGCAACUGUACCAGCAGCCAUUGUUGGCACUCCCCCCCAUGCACGCAGCUCUUCUCUGCCUCCUGCUCAGCCCAGCGCUCGGCCAACUGGACCUGAAUCGACUGGACGGGGACAGCGUCUGCCCGCCAAUCCGAAGCGGAGAUGACGACCUUCCAGGAUUUGAUCUGAUCACCCAGUUCCAGCUGGACGUUAUUCCCCUGAAAGGUGUGAGGAAGGUGGAUGGCUCCACCCCCCUCCAGGUGGCCUAUCGCCUCGACAGGGAGGCCAACUUCCAAAUUCCAACCGUGCUGAACUUCCCCCGCGGUUUCCCGGACGAGUACUCCUUCAUGGCCACUUUCCGCAUGAUCAAGAACACUGUGAAUAAGGUGUGGAACGUCUGGCAAAUAGUGGACGAGAAUGGAAACAAGCAGGCUGGACUGAGGCUGAACGGGGACCAGCAGGCCCUGGAGUACUUCAUGAUGGGCGCAGACGGAAACCUGCAGACCGUCACUUUCCCAGGCCUCUCCGUUCUCUUCAACACCAAGUGGCACAAGGUGAUGAUCGGCGUGGAGCGCAGCCAGGUCACGCUGUACGUGGACUGCCAGCCUGUGGACCAGAAAUCCAUCAAAGGCAAAGGUCCCAUCAAUACGGAGGGGGACACGCUGAUAGGACGGCUGGAUUCGGAUCCGGAUGCCUCGGUGGUGUUUGAACUUCAGUGGAUGUUGAUUCACUGCGACCCAAAGAGAGCCCAGAGAGAGAGCUGCAACGAGCUGCCCGCCACCGAGAUGUUUGCCAAUGCUGAGCCAGACAAGUCAGUCCCAGGUCCCCCAGGAAGCCCGGGUCCAGAAGGCCCGAGGGGGUCCCCAGGAGAAAACGGCAGGGACGGAAGAGAUGGUCUUCCCGGCUCUCCUGGUAGUCCCGGGGCUCCGGGCAGCAAAGGGGAGAAGGGAGAGAUCGGUCUUCCGGGACAGAGAGGCCUUCCUGGUCUGCCAGGACCUGUAGGUUCUCCUGGACCCAUGGGUCCCAGAGGACCAGUAGGAGAGAGAGGACUUCCUGGUUUUCCUGGCCCUUCUGGUCCUCCUGGGCCAACAAGCGAGGGACCUCCGGGCCCCCCCGGUAAGCCAGGAACCCCAGGAGACGAAGGAAACAUUGGACCGGAGGGUGCACCUGGACCUAGAGGGACUCCUGGCAUUGCAGGGCCUCCUGGCCCCCCUGGGCCUCCAGGGCCCGUGGGACCUCCUGGUGUCAACGUUGAGGGAAGUGGGGAAGCUUGUCCUGCUUCCUGUCCUGCCGGACCUCAGGGUUUACCUGGACUGCCAGGGAUGAAGGGACACAAAGGUUUAGCUGGUGAUCCUGGGAAAGAUGGAGAACCAGGAGAGAAGGGCGAUGCUGGAGAACCAGGUCUUCAGGGGGCACCGGGCCGCAUGGGAGAUGAUGGACAAAGAGGACCUAUUGGGUUCCCUGGAACUCCUGGAGAGAAAGGAGACAGAGGUCCUCCUGGGUACAACGGCAUCCCUGGACCCACAGGCCCACCUGGGGCUCCUGGACUGGAGGGAAUUCGAGGGCGCCAAGGAUUGCCAGGUCCCAAAGGAGAUGAUGGAGCUGUAGGAGCUAAUGGAGAGCCAGGCGCUUCAGGAGAAAAAGGAGAAGUGGGGGAGCCUGGAAAAGACGGCUUGGAUGGACUUCCUGGAGCCAUUGGUCCCAAGGGGGAGCCUGGUGUAGCCGGAGCUGUUGGUAUCAGAGGGAUUGUGGGUAUUCCAGGACUCCCAGGGAAGCAGGGAGUAGCAGGGCCACCUGGUGAAAAGGGGGAGCCUGGCUCUGAAGGACCAGUUGGACCUGUCGGAUUACCUGGAAAACCGGGUGAACCUGGAGAAGAUGGAGAGGAUGGACAACCUGGAGAAAAAGGAGCACCUGGUGAGACAGGAAAACAGGGGCCAGUGGGACCAGCUGGUCCACCUGGAAUCCAGGGGGACAAAGGAGACAAAGGUGACAAAGGAGAAAAAGGAUUGAAGGGUCAUACUGGACACAAAGGUGACCAGGGGCCCAUUGGACCAGAGGGACCAAAAGGAAGUCUGGGAGACACAGGUCUGCCAGGAGACCCUGGAGUCAAAGGAGAUCAGGGCCCUCCAGGUGUGCCUGGAGUCAAAGGAGAGCGUGGAGAAAAAGGCCUGAGAGGAGCCACAGGAGCUGAGGGCAGACCAGGCCAGCCGGGACAUCAGGGUCUGGCAGGUUCUGCUGGAGCUCGAGGCAUGGAAGGAGAACCAGGCCUUCCUGGAGCACCAGGGCCAAGAGGUUUGCCUGGCCCGAAAGUGAACGACGAGAAGCUGCGUGAAAUGUGCUCAGCAGUUGUUGAAGAACAACUCAAAGAGUUCAUGGAGGAACUGUUAAAGAGGCCGGCAGCCAUUGGUGCUCCUGGUACCCCUGGACUGGUCGGGCCUCCUGGACCCCCUGGACCAGCUGGAGAAGCAGGAGCAGCUGGGGUCCCAGGUCCAACGGGUCCUCAAGGUCCUCCGGGCUUCUUUGGGCUUCCAGGUUUACCAGGGAAGAAAGGGGAUCCUGGAGAAAAGGGAGACAAAGGAAACAAGGGAGAGGAUGGAGUAGGAAUAAAAGGAAGCUCAGGUGCACCAGGCUCUCCUGGUGUUCCUGGUGUUCCUGGCUUUGGGAAAGAUGGCAAAAAUGGAGAACCUGGGCAGGCGGGAAGUCCCGGGCUCCCGGGACCUGCAGGUCCAAGAGGACCAUCUGGCCCACCAGGCCUUUGUGACCCAUCCACGUGUUUAAGCAGACUUCAACCCCUCUACAUGGUCAGUGGGAAGAAGUCUUCUUCCUACAAAAACCCCUGAGAGGCCACGGCUCAGCGACACUCUCCAGAUCUCAGCAUGACCUGACAUGCGUCAGAAGUCGGAGAGUGGUGAGCGGCGCCAGCUUCCAUUGGGACAACCCAUCCAAGAGACUCAAGAAAACAGAUGGGACACUACGGUGCAGCACUGUAAAAACAUUUGAACAGGAUUUUAGGAUGAGCUUCAGCAUCAUUCACUGAGUGCUGCUGCAGACACUGCAUCAACUGACGGUGGGCUCAAACAAGCCCCAAAGACUGCCUUCCACCUGCUCCAUGAAGACACUGCAAGCCUGUCCUUUCCUGCCAUGCAUGACUUCAAAUCACUUUGGCUUUUCUGUUUAGUUAGAAACUGAAUGUCGUAAAGUGGAGCUGCAAUCAAAAGUACACCACAAUCAAAUGUGAAUCCCACAUCCUCCAUGCUUUCUAUUUCAAUUCAUCCAGUGUUAUGUUAGCUCAACUUUGUUUUAUCCAUGUUGUUGAGGAACACUGUAACGACGAUGGUGUCGCAUUAAAACUUGCAGCCUUUAGUUUGGCUGAAGCCAUGCUCUCCUGGAAAUCCUAAA